AGUCAAUUACGCAUCAAGAAUGCAUGACGGUCAAAGAAGCCGAGACUCUGUCUUUAAUUAUCUUGUUUGGGGUCAUAUCUUUUCACGAAGACAAGAGAACAUAUCACUAAACGAGUUUUUCUUACAAUGAAUGAUUCUGCUGAAAACACUGACAGAUGAGAUAGUACGCUACUUCAACAUGCUCAGAUUUCCAAAAUAACCGACGUAUGAAGUUCAUGCAUGCAUGUGUCUCACAGAUGUCCCAUUCGAUCCAGCUCUGAGCAGAGCCAGUGCAACAUGUUCUCUCUUUUCUAAAGCUGAUUCUGAGAUGUGCUUAUAUAUUUACAACUACUUUAGUAUGACUCGAUUGUAUCUUCCUCAACUACUAUGAGAGCGCUGCAGUCAGAGAAUGCAAUCAUAUCUCCUCCUGCAGAAUCGGACCUGAUAUGCGCUCAAUCCCUCGGUGUGGAGUCAAGAGAUUCAGUGGAGAAAGCUCUGCCGACUCUCUACAUGCUCGUGCACAGGCAUAUUUUUCGGGCAAUGCCUCCUCCCGCUCCAAGCACUCCAACAUUGAUUCCGUGAUGGGCAUUCCGAGUCUACCAGCAAUGAAAUGUGGUCCUUGUCCGGCCGUAGUGCGCGAAAUGACGUUGGAAGCGAAAUUGAAGCGGAGUGGCACUGGAAAUGGGAGUGUUGCGCUUGCCAAGGUCCAAGCUAAGCUGCCUUUCAGAGAUUACGAGGAUGAAGAAAUUAGCUCCAGCAUUGCUCCAAGACAAGAAGGAUCGCAGUUCGACCGAUACAUCUCAUCAUCUCAUUUCCCGGAACGUGAGCAACGGAGUCCUUCGAUAUACUGUCCUGUCUUCCUAGCUGGAAGAAGCCUUUUUGGCUUCAGCCAUCAGUCUAGGACAUGGUGCAAAGUAUUUUCAAACGACUGCCUGCGACCUGCAUCAGAGUUUGUCUCCCCUCGAGUGACGUUCGAUGGGCGGUGGUUGAUGCUGGUGUGGAAAUCCAUGUGUCCAGAAGGGCUGUUCAUCUCCAACGGCCUCGUUGCCAAUAUAUCAACUGGAGAAUCUGAACGCAUAGAUUUUAUUCCCACAUCACUUCUGCUGGAAGAAUCUCUGUCGGACGAUCCAGGCGUUGACCCCUAUGCAAUUCGACUAGUUCAGAACUGCAUCCAUCAGAUACAGAUGUUAUUUGUCACAUUCUUCGAAUCGUGGACGAGGAUCUCCAUUCAUGGAGCACGAUACGACCAUGAUGGAGUUCUACCUCACUGGGAAUCGAGGGAGUGGCGGUGGCAGUCCGGUGAUUAUGAAACUCGGACCAGCUUUCUCGCUAGAUGCAGUGCUUUCGUUGAUGGAAAUCUGAUGUGCUUAUGGCGUGCAUCGGGAUCGAGCAACUCGGGCCAUUAUCACCUGUGGAAAGUUGAUAUGGAUAACGGAACCUUGGAGAUGAUGCUGCUUGAAGUCCCUCACAGUUGGAUCUGCAGCGAAGAGGAGGAUGAAUCGUGGAGGCAUAUUUUACUUCCAAACGUGCAAGUGGAGACCGAAGCUUUGGAGUGCAGUGUGCUGAUGUGCGCUUCAAAGCUUAUGCUGGUCUUCUUGUUCCGAAUCGGCCUUCCUCCGGACGAGGUUACACUGUCAUAUCGUGCUGCAGUCAGAAUUCACGAGCUUGUGAAUUUUGAUAGCACCGCUAUCAACCAUCCACCAUUCGUCUCGAUGAGUCCUCUCAUGAUGAUGCAAACCAACACUGAGUGUGAAUAUAUGUCCACGACCUUUGCAUCGGACGAUGAAUGCAUCUACAUUUGUCCAAACUAUAACUCUGCGCAUAGAGACAGAGUAUCCUCGUACGAAGUCUCCACUGGGAUAUGGUCUCAACUUCCUUCAGCCAAUCCACUAGAUCUCGAGGACUGGCAAUGUUGGGGAGAAACUGCAUUGAGUUUCAAUCCGUUGGUCGCUAGAAACAAUGUAUUGUAGAUUUCCCGUUCAUUUGGAGCCUGUCUCACGAACCUA